UACAGCAUAUUUCCGAGAAAGAGAAUAUUGGCGGUAAAGUGAUGGCAGCUUCAUUGCCUUCAACGAAUAAAACGGAGAAAAUUGUUGGGCGUAUAUUCCGUGAUAAACAGCAGCAAACAGAAACAACUGCAGAUUCUUCAUCGGCGACAAAUCGUGGGCCUCCUCUUCAUCACUGUGAUAGACAUAUAGAACCAGAUUCGUUGUUAAAUGAUAUAAAAGCUUGUUCGGACUCACAAGUAAAGGCCAUCGAAGAGACUAAUAGAACUAAAGGCCAAAUACUAGCCAACACAUCUCACGAGCUUCGUAACCUGUUGGGAGCAAUUACUGGAUCGCUUUCUGCCUUUGAAGGAACAGAGCUUACAUCUGAACAACAAGAUAUGGUUGAAGUAAUGUCCCGUGCAUCCGAUGUGGUUAUAUCUGUAGUAAAUGAUAUCCUAGAUACAGCAAAACUGGAUGCGCGUAAGCUUACAUUGAUAGACCGCGUCUUUGAUUUAUGGGCGCUUGUAGAGAAGACGGUGACAAUGCUUGGUGAGCGCGCUGGUGCAAAGGAGCUCGAAUUGAUCGUUCUAUACGACCCGGAGACUCUUUCGAGAUAUGUAAAGACGGAUCCAGAGAGGCUGCAACAAGUGAUAAUGAAUCUGUUAUCUAACGCAAUCAAAUUCACAGAUAAUGGCGAAAUUGUAAUAAAAUUAUCGAUAAGAAAUAGCGAAAACAUGGCGGUAGAUGAUAACCCUGACUUGAACAAACUUUUGUGCGUGGAAAUAUCUGAUACUGGUGUUGGCAUUGACCCGGCGUCGAUUAAACAUAUUUGGGAAAACUUUUCGCAAGUAGAUGCUUCGAUGACUCGAGGUCGAGAUGGAACUGGUCUAGGUCUCUCUCUAUGCAAAAGUCUUGUUGAACUAAACGGCGGUAAAAUCGGAGUUGACAGUGAAGUUGAUGAUAGUUCCAAUUUGCAAAGUCAGCCGAAUCGGGCUAGAAAUGUUCUUAUAAUCGAUCCUGUGGAAGCAGCAAGAUCGGCGUACGCGACGUUGAUUAAGAGGAGUGUUGAAAAAGUAUAUACGUAUGCAGAUUAUGCAAGCGCACUAGAAGCGGCCAGAGAGCAUAAGAAGAAGCACGACGAGCGUAUAUGUGAUUUGGCAUUUUUGAGCGUGAGAAAUAGUAACGCUACAGAAGUUGAGAAUGCAGCCAAGGAGCUUAAGCGUGUUUGUGGGAACGGAACAGAUGUUGCGGCUAUCUGCAAGCCAGUGAUGCACAAUUGUAUGAUGGACUACGUUUCUAAUUUCAACAUGUUUUUGGUUAAGCCUGGAGAUGAGGAUAACAAGGAAACGAAAAAUAAUAGUAUAUCGACAUACAGUGGUAUGCCAUCCUCAAAGGAUGAGAGCGAGUCCAAGUCCAAAGCUGUCAGUACGCAGUUUGUUCCAAUGAAGAGAUCUGCUUCUAGUGAAUUGAAGGAUCAAUCUAGUAAUGAAGAAAGAACAAGCAAGUCAAACAGAGUUGGAGGAUUACCCAAAUGUAUUCUCUACGUGGACGACAAUGCGAUCAAUCGAAAAAUCGUCAAAACCCAGCUGGAUAAAUUAGGUUAUAAUUAUUUAGAAGCGGAAAACGGAAAGGAAGCAGUUGAUUUGGUGCAGACGCAGUAUGAGAAUAGCCAAGCGAGUGGCGUGGAUAGUUCUCAGUCGUUGGAGUCCAAACUGGGGAUAUCGUUAAUUUUGAUGGAUUGUGCUAUGCCUGUUAUGUCAGGGUUUGAAGCAACACGAGCAAUCAGGUCAUUAAGUCCGGAGUUUCAGACGCUUCCAAUCAUUGCAUUAACUGCAUGCGCAAUAGCAGGGACGCGCGAACAAUGUCUAGAGGCGGGCAUGAAUGACUAUCUAACUAAACCACUCAAGAUUAAACAAUUGAAGGAGAAGCUGAAUGAGUGGUUGGGUGAGAAUUAA